UGGCUCGCACGUUCGGUUGGCCGCUUGCAAUUCACACACCGCUGCUGAUGCUCUUUUACCGACUCGAGAAUUAAUUAAUUACGUUGUGAAAUUAAAAAAAGUUAACUACGUUUGGAAAUUGGGGUUGAUUGUUUCCCAAAAAUGGCAGAUAUUUUGGAUUUGGACGUGCAGCAGGAGGACAUGGCGAUUGAUGAGGCAGGCGGAGAGGAUGAAGGUGGAGUCGAGACUCUGAAGCAGCGCGCUCCAAAGAAGAAGGGGCGAGGUUUCGCGAUGGAGAAUCCCCGACCGGAAGGUGUUGACGAGGUUUACGAAAGGAUUGACUUUGCUGGAAGGGCCGUUGAUGAAUAUGUCGACAUGUCGGCGCAGAGAUCUAUCGAGGGGUGGAUCUUAAUGGUGACUGGAAUUCAUGAGGAAGCGCACGAGGACGAUGUUCACGGCAGAUUUGCAGAGUAUGGAGAAAUCAAAAGCUUGCAUCUCAAUUUGGAUAGAAGAUCUGGAUUCUUGAAGGGCUACGCUUUGAUAGAAUUCGAACAUUUCAAGGAUGCCAGUGCAGCAAAGAACGGACUUGAUGGGGGUGACAUGCUCGGCAAUACGAUUCACGUUGAUUGGGCCUUUAUGAAAAAACCACUCAAUGCCAACCGCUCUCGUCGACGUCACUAAGUUAUUCCACUUUCGUACUUAUCACUUUCUUCUUACUAUUACUGAAUGACAAAGUGUCGUUGUUGUUUAUUACUUGGAGUUUUGUACGUAAAAUUUCCCUUUUUUGUCUUCUACACUAUUAACAUAGGUGAUGGAUGAAUGUUAUAUAAUAAAAAAAGUCAUAAAUAAAUGAAUUUUCUUUUAAAA